AUGACCCAAGAUACCGUGCCAAAAUUGGUCACCGUCAUAAUCACAACUUCCCCAACUCCAUCCGCGCCUUCGACGGAGCUUGUCUCCGCGGUCCUCGAGUCAUUUGAAGAGCAUUGUCAUGCUUUGACAUUAUGUGAUGUUAUUGUUGUUUUCGACACUUUUGACCAGAUAGUACCUACAGCGCGAUUGAAGAAAGGACAAGUCACGCCUCAGCAGGCAGCAGAUUUUGACGAAUACAAGAAGAAUAUCAAGGAACUGAUACUCACGAAAUAUCGCCAUGUCAGUGCUGAGUUCACCCAACGGCGUGCUAAGGCCGAGUAUGGUAGUCCCAAUCCCCAGAACACUGUUGACUACACGAUAUCGCAAACCAGCGACAAGAAAGUCACCUUUAUAGAGCCUUCAAGACGACUAGGGUUCGGUCUUGCAGUCAGAUCAGCCUUAAGGGUAACUCAAACUCCUUUCGUCUGGGUGCAGCAACAUGAUUGGGCUUUGGUUGCAGACUUCCCCGUGGCGCCUCUUGUACAAGUCAUGAAAGCAUACGAUUCUCACCCAGAAACUCCCAUCAAGUAUAUAUGCUUAGCUGCUGUUCGUAUGCUCUCACAUGCCAUAUCCGAACAACAUGCAGUCUUGCGAGAGCUAUCAUCAUCUCUUACACAAAAAUUCGAAGAUCCGACACAUCCUGGUGUCAAGAUACCCUUGACACCAAUUUACUUCUGGCAUGAUAAACCCCAUCUUGCAUCAACAGCACAUUACCUCCAGAGGGUGUUUCCCUCACGGCUGGCUAUGCUGCGAGGAGACUUUAUUGAGGACAAGAUCGGACAAAGAGCUCGCGCUCAGAUGAAGGAAGGUCUCGUAAGUGUACUUGCAUUCUAUAUCCAACGAACAUCGGAAGUUGCUGCCAUGUGA